AUGUCCGCUUCCAAAGGUCUCCAACCUAGCACCCUCCCCCUCCGCCACAUGGUACAACUAGCCCAAGAUUUGCUACCCUUCGAUAGCGCUGCGAGCAGGGGAAAAAUCAUUCUCGAUGUGGGAUGUGGACCCGGACAGGUGACGGAGUAUCUAAUCGGAGAGUUUGGAUCUCUCCUCACGCGCACUUCUGAGGAGGAGGAUCAUCCGCAAACUCGGAUCCUAGCUUCGGAUUUCAGCGCACCCAUGGUGGCGCAGUUGCAGAAGAGGAAAGAGAGGGAGCUGGAGAUGGGGAAUGCGGCUUGGGGUGUGUGGAAACGGAGGAGCGGGUUGCGGGAAAUGUGGAGGGCGUUGAUGAGUGGGGGGGUUGGGGGGUGUACGUCGUGGAAGGAGAGUGAGUGGAUGGUGCUUAUGGGGGUGGGGGCUGCUGCUGCUGCGGAUGGGGAUGGAGAACCGAAGAGGAAAAUAGAGAUGCCGAAAGAGUGGAUGAGUAUAGAGGGGCUAAAGAGGGAAUUUGAGGAAGUGGGAUUUGUGGAUGUGCAGGUUGUGGAGAGCGAGGCGAAGUGGAGUUUUGAGAGUCAUGAGAGUGUUGUGGAUAUGAUAUUGGGGUUUUCCGGGGAUGAAGAUGAUGGUUGGGGAGGAGAGGUGGGGGAAGGGGGGAGGGAAAUGGCGAGGGAGGGGAUGUUGGCGUGGAUGUCGGAGAGGUUUUCGGAGGGGGAGGGCACGUUGAGUGGAGUGGCGGUUGUGGGGGUGGGGAGGAGGGGGGAGUAG